CUGGCCGUCUCCUACAUUCUCCCGCUUCUUGAGCAAUGUCCUUCACUGGCAGUGUCGUCGAACCCGGAGACUUCUAUAUCGAACAAUCAGUACUGCAUCCAGUCGUUGUUGGAAUACCGGUUGCGUUACCUUGCGCUACGUCCUGCUCGAUGCUAAUAGGUAGCUCAUCCUCGCAGUGUGGAUAUAUCUAAGACUCUCUCCAAACAGAUUGCUUACGAACUUGGCAAAAUUCGACUGGAUCGUCUCUGUCACGCUAGGAUCGACCUUGUCGCGAGUCAUCACAGGCACAGCAACUCAGCUUGAUAUGACUCGGGGUGCCAUCGCACUUGCCGUCAUCAUUGUCUUUCAAAUUGGCCUGGCGUAUUCGACAACCCUUUUCCCUAGUCUUCGACCCCUGUUGCGCUCGUCCCCACAGGUAGUCGUCUUUCGCGGUCAGUUGAUGAAGAAACGUAUGAACCGUGAUGCCGUCACCGUCGAGGAUGUACGCGUGGGGAUGCGCCGAAACAAUAUCCUGUCUCUAGAUGAAAUCGAAGUCAUGCUGCUCGAAGCGUCAGGUGGAUUCACCGUCGUGACACGAAAGCAAAUGCAAAGUGCAAGCCUUGCCGAUGGCGAGGUUCCAGAAAGUCUCAAGGGUCUGAGAAACUUCCAGGUAUUAUGGGACGAGGCGCUCGGGGAAAAACGAGGGUCACCGUCAACGACAUCUGGAACAGCCGUCGAGGGGGCUUCCCAUCGGCCGCUGAACAUUGAGCACCAGCGGCGCUUCGACAAAGAAGAUCUCGAGGCUGCGAGGCAUGCUCGCGACGUAUCAUCAUCAUAGAGGGGAGAUUUAUACCGACAUCUAUUCAAAUACCGCUAGAUGCUAUGCUGAUGUGUUAUGUCUCAAUGUCGUGUGGGCUCAGAACAUG